GCAUGAUUUCUUUGAUGAUUUCAUUUGUUUCAAGCUCAUUGUUAUCUGCUCCGAUGCUUCUGUGUUUGGAAUACCCAAUUUUGCUCUAAUUUAAUGAUAAAUGAAGGGCCUUUUUUGGUCGACUCAUUUUUUGUUCAAAUUUGACAAUAAGAAAUGGUUACUGGAGCGGGUUGGUAUAUUCUUGGCCAGGACCAACAGCUAAUAGGCCCUUACACUGUCUCUGAGUUGCAAGUUUCUACAAAGCAUUAUUCGAGUGGGUACUUUUCCCAGAGUACACUUGUGUGGUCUGAAGGGUACAGCGAUUGGCAGCCUCUGUCAUCAGUUCCUGGGUUGUUGACUGAUGCUCCACCGCAAAAUGCUCUAGGUUCAGUUCCUGUCACAUCUAACGAAGAAGACGAGUUUGAAAAGUGGCAAAGGGAGGUUAGGGAGGCAGAGGCAGAAGCUGAGGUUAACAAAAAUGAUGAUCAAGACAGACCUACAACACCACCAGAGGGUGAGGAAGAAUUCACAGAUGAUGAUGGAACUACAUAUAAGUGGGACCGGACUCUUAGAGCUUGGGUACCUCAGGAAAACACGACUCAGAACACUGAGGAUUAUCACCCGGAAGAUAUGACUUUUGUGCAGGAAGAGGAAGUCUUCCCAACACUUGAUGCUGAUCAUCUGCCAGUGAAAGAAGAGGAUAGUGCUGCAAAUGAAGUUGUUGAAGAAAAGCAAAAUGGCAAGCGAAAACUGCCCGAGAAAACAUCUGAUAAGAAAAAUGUGGAUAAGAAGGAAGCAAACAAACCUCCAGAUGCUUGGUUUGAAUUGAAAGUUAACACGCAUGUAUAUGUCACUGGCUUGCCUGAUGAUGUCACUACUGAAGAGGUGGUUGAAGUGUUCUCCAAGUGUGGGAUCAUAAAGGAGGAUCCUGAAACGAAAAAGCCAAGGGUGAAGAUUUAUGUUGACAAAGAAACUGGGAGAAAGAAGGGGGAUGCUCUUGUAUCCUAUCUGAAGGAACCUUCUGUAGCUCUCGCCAUUCAAAUUUUGGAUGGGGCACCUCUAAGACCUGAUGGGAAGAUUCCCAUGACAGUUACAAAAGCUAAGUUUGAGCAGAAAGGUGAUAGAUUCAUAUCGAAGCAAGUGGACAAGAAUAAGAAGAGAAAGCUUCAGAAGGUUGAACAGAAGAUGCUGGGCUGGGGUGGCCGUGAUGACGCAAAGGUGUCUAUUCCAGCAACUGUUAUUCUUCGUUACAUGUUCACCCCUGCAGAAUUGAGGGCUGAGGAGGAUUUGCGUUCCGAAUUAGAGGAGGAUGUUCGUGAUGAGUGUGGAAAGCUUGGUCCAUUAGAUUCUGUUAAGGUCUGUGAGAAUCAUCCGCAGGGUGUCAUCCUGGUGAAGUUCAAGGACAGCAAAGAUGCCCAUAAAUGCAUAGAGUUGAUGAACGGUCGAUGGUUUGGUGGAAAACAAAUACAUGCGAGCAUAGAUGACGGAUCUGUGAACCAUGCUUUGGUACGUGACUUGGAAGAAGAGACCGAUAGAUUAGAGAAGUUUGGAGCUGAACUUGAAGCCGAUUGAUAUAACCUUUGAUGACUGUAGAAACUGCUGAAGUAGUUGAGUAUGAGAACGUUGACGAGGGAGCCGAUAAAAUGGAUCUUGAGUGUGGUUGAUGUAGAUAGCAGUUGAUAUGAUAUGCGCUCCACUCUCCAUAUGUACAUUGUUUCUUUUGCAGAAUGUGCACUCUGCAGGGGAAUUGUUAUAGAGGCAGCCUAGCUCUUCCUCAACUUGCCUCUUCCCCUUUGAAUUUAGAAGUUGUACACUUUGUAGGCACUUUGAGAUGGUUUUAACAUGAGUGAU